CAGUGUAUAUCUGGAGGUUUCGUCAUCAAAGCUUUCAUGUUCGGGUCUCACUCAAGUGAUCGCGAUUAUUCGGCCACUAGCAGGGCCAGGUAGAGUCCCGGAGCUGUAAGAAUCCCUAUCCUGCUCGAUCCGAUGAAGCACAAAUCGGAUGAUCAACCCGUCAGACGGUCUUCGAAAAUGGAUCAGACUGCAUUUUCUCCGAUCAGGCUGGUGGAUCCCCAUCCUCCUGCAGGGGUGAAUUUGACAGGCGUACCGCGACGCGUGAAAGACCGUUGCGCCGAUAUUUACAAUGUCCACAAAAAAUGGCAGGAAAACAAGCUACUCGGAGCAGAACUGAUCAAGAGAAUCGCCGACAAGCGGAAUAGAUUAUCAGAAAUCCCUGAUUUAUGCGACAGUCUCCUGGGAGUCGUCGACAAUUUGGAAAAACUCGUCGACAUCCUGACAAAUGCUGCGCAAAACUUCGAUUCUCUGGUCAGAAUCGAUAAUUUAUCCUCGAGCUCUUCGGCUCUUUCCUCCCAAACAGGAGCAGGAGACGGAGCUCCCUCGAUGCGAUCCGAUCGGGCAGUGUUCGUCAAUCUAAGUCUCGACGAUUUCGCAAGGAUGGUCCGAGCUAUCGAAGAAGCAUUCCGAAAAGAACUCGUUCUCAAAAAGGAGGUGGCGAGGCAAAUUCCGCACCAGACCAGUAAAAACGUGUUAAUGUUUUCGUCGCUAUGCUGGAUGUUCGAUCCACACGUCGACGAGAGAACUCGAGCUACAAUUCUCUCUCUGGUGGCCGAAUGUGGGUUCAAGUGAAGAUCUCUCUGAGGAACUCUACAAUCAUCAAGUACUUCUGUUCUCAUCGAUACGAAUAAAAAGCAGAUUC